GACUUGCAACCCGCAUGAGGAUGUUGUAGCUCUUCCCUAUUCAAGUGGAACCACUGGACCACCUAAGGGAGUUUGUUUAACCCAUUACAACCUUGUUGCAAACCUAUGCCAGGCAGGGCAUCCUGAUGCACUUCCCAUCAAACCUUUUAAAGAAACGGGAGUUCUUGGUUCUACUCUAGCUGUUCUACCGUUCUUCCACAUUUAUGCAAUGGAACUUGUCAUGCUUUUUAACCUCAGGAAUGGUCAGAAGACCAUAACGUUGCCUAAAUUUGAACCUGAGAGCUAUAUCAAGGCUUUGGAUACAUACAAACCAACCUUUCUCAACCUGGUCCCGCCUUUGGUCUCCUUCCUGGCAACAAAUCCUGCUGUAAAACCAUCACUGCUCAACUCAGUUACUUUUGUGACCGGUGGUGCCGCCCCCUUCGGUCCGGCUCUCAUUGAAAAGUUUAUGGAGAAGGUUCAUCCCCACCAGAUAGAAUUCAGGGAAGGGUUCGGGAUGACGGAGUCAAGUCCUUUAACUCAUCUUCAACCAGAUGGGGAUGCAGUUCUAGGAGCCUGUGGAUGCCCUGUUUCAAACACAUGGGCCAAGAUAGUUGAUACAGAAACAGGAGAGAUUCUUGGACCAGAGGAACAAGGGGAGCUUUGUGUAUCUGGGCCGCAGGUGAUGCAGGGAUAUUUUAAGAAUAUCUCCGCUACAGAGAAGACUAUCAUCAACGGAUGGCUCAUGACUGGAGAUAUUGCUAAGUAUGAUAAAUCAGGACAGUUUACUAUUGUUGACAGACUUAAGGAACUCAUCAAGGUUAAAGGACUUCAGGUUGCUCCUUCUGAGCUUGAGGAUUUGAUCAGAAGGCAUUCAGGAGUUCUUGAUGUAGCUGUAGUCGGGGUUCCUGAUGAACGGUCCGGUGAGCUGCCCAGAGCUUACAUUAUCCGGAAGAACCGGAAUGUGACCGAGCAGAGUAUAAUCGAUUACGUUGCUGAUAGGGUUGCUCCGCAUAAGAAGUUGGGAGCAGGAGUGAUGUUUGUCGAAACACUGCCCAAGAACCAAACUGGAAAAAUUCUGAGGCGUGAGCUCAAAGCUCAAGUGUUCAAGGGAUCCUUUGGAUACUAGUACUAUUCUGCUGGAUACUGGUUCCUUUGGAUACUAUUACUAUUCUGCUGGAUACUGGUUCCUUUGGAUACUAAUACUUUUCUGUUGGAUACUGGGUCCUUUGGAUACUAGUACUAUUCUGCUGGAUACUUGUUCCUAUACUCUUAAUCAAAAUUUUAUUCUGAUACUAAUACUUCUACUGAAUAAGAGAUCCUUAUUUUCUCGAAUUUUUAAAAUUUAAGACCUUAUUUUCUUUAUAAUUAACACUAAUGAUAUGUAAACGUUUGAAUUUACUCAGAUUCUUAACUUAUUCUGUUAAACCAGCCUUAAUCUAUU